GAUCAGGCAGCCUUCUCAACGCUCAACUGACGCCAUCGAGAUGCGACACAGGACCCAUUGUAACUCACAUGUACGCCCCCUGUGUACGUGCCUGAGCUAGAGCAGUUUAUCAAAGGCUUCACAUUUGUAGAUUUUACUGUAUUUAAUCGUUAAACAGCACGAUUUAUCCAAAAUGAGUGCCCAGAUUACUUGUGUCGGAUGGGUGGCGAGAGGCGUUGCCAAGACAACCCCGGACAAAGUUGAGUUGAGCCAAGAGGAGCUGCAACGCAUCAUUACUGAAGCAAGAGAGGAGCUCGGGGACUUAGCAGCAGCAGAAGAAGAAGACGAUGAUGAAGGUAUAGCGUGUGAGGACAAUCUUGAUAACGCAAGCGCAGAAGUUGCUGCGGCUCCAAAGAAUAAGAGUGACGAAGGAAAUGAGGACGAUGACGAGCUGGCAGAGUACGGCCUGGACAGAUAUGAUGAAGAGGAUGCAGCAACUGCGAGCCUCGGUGACAGUCUGGCUGGACUCACAGUGUUCAGCUGUAAUGAUGAGGAUCCUUACAUCACCAUCAAAGACACAGACCAAUACGAGCGAGAAGACUUCCAGAUCAAGCCCACUGACAACCUCAUCCUAACUGGCAGGGCAGAGAAGGACGUAUGCAAUCUGGAGAUCCAUAUCUAUAACUCAGACGAGGACUCUCUGUAUGUUCACCAUGAUGUCAUGCUGCCAGCUUACCCUCUGUGUGUGGAGUGGCUGAACUUUGACCCCAGCCCCGGAGAAGCACCCGGUAACUAUGCCGCUGUGGGCAACAUGACUCCUCAGAUAGAUGUGUGGGACCUGGAUGUGGUGGACUGUUUAGAGCCCGCCUUCUCUCUGGGCAGCAAGAAGGCCGCCAAGAAGAAAAAGAAAAGCAAGAAGCAGGGAGCAGCAGCAGAGCCUGUGGAGGGGCACACAGACGCAGUGCUGGAUUUAUCCUGGAACAGACUGGUCAGAAAUGUGUUGGCCAGUGGAUCGGCAGACGAGACCGUUAUCUUGUGGGAUCUCAGUCAAGGCAAACCAGCCACAACUCUGCGCAGACAAACAGAUAAGGUACAGACGAUAUCAUUCCACCCGUUUGAGGCUCAGACUCUGAUAUCAGGAUCAUAUGACAAGACAGUUGUGCUGUAUGACUGCCGCAGUCCAGACAGCAGCAACCGCACCUGGAGGUUCAGUGGACAGGUAGAGCGAGUGGUCUGGAACCACUUCUCACCGUGCAACUUCCUGGCCAGCACAGAGGAUGGAUUUGUUUACUGUCUGGACGCACGUUCAGAUAAACCUGUUUUCACACUGAAGGCUCAUGACGAAGAAGUGUCAGGUUUGGACCUCAGCAGCCAGAUUAAAGGAUGCCUCGUCACCUCGUCAGCUGACAAACACGUUAAGAUUUGGGACAUUUUGGGCAACAAGCCCAACCUGGUGCACUCGCGGGACAUGAAAAUGGGUGUGCUGUUCUGUGCGUCUUGUUGCCCUGAUCAGCCCUUCGUCUACGCCUUCGGAGGACAGAAGGACGGCUUGCGGGUUUGGGAUAUAAGUGAUGUUGCAGCAGUGGCCGAGGUGUUUGGCGGGCGAGAGCGCCUGGUGGUGAACACGGGGGCACAGGCGUCCAGCAGUGCAGCCGCAGCAGAGAUGGAGGUCUCCUAGUCACACUCUGGAUGCAUCAACUACCUGUAAAAACGAAUAAACUGAGCAUCCCUGGAAACAUAUCUAGCUGCUCCGCUUGUUGCUGUGUGCCUCAUCGUGCAGUAGUUCACGGGGAAAGGAUGGGAAUAAACAAAGCGGCAUUCCUGAAGGAUUUGAAAGGUCGGCCAGAAUGCAAACUGUACAUAAAACACCUGAGAAACAUGUUCAGUUUGUCUCUCUGCACAGAUAACAGCUGCUUUGCACACUCAGAGAUGUGUUAAGAAAAGAAAAGAACAUGGUUUUUUUUAAAUAUUCAUGUUAUUGAACAUUUCCAAAAAUUAAUUUUGGAUUUUUCGGUGGAAGCAGCGAUUCAAAUAGUUGGAUCAGUCUGAAUCGUUUAUAGGACUUUGAGAUCUCUUGGAAUUUGCCUUCUCUAUACAUUCACAAAUGUAAUAUGCUACCACAAUUAUUUUCACAGGAAAGUAUGUCAUUUACAUCAGGAUAUUGUGUACCUGGGUUUCCUGGUAAUGAUGAAUGUUACGUUGAAACAUCAAAAUGAGCCUGUGUACUCAUAUAUGCCCAAAGAAUUGAAAAAUUGUCAUUUAAAUGCUGUAUAUUGAAUAAAUAAAUACAUAAAUAAAUACAGUUGAAAUGUGUAAACCUUUUCAUUUGGAAUAUGUGAGCC